AUGGUUCGGGAAAAACGUAAUGAAAAUUUACUACAUCUUAUACAAAAACUUCAUGACACCGUGAAUGUAAGUCUGGAUAUGAACUGCAUCUGUUCUGUACGUAGAAUUGCUAAAAUUAAUUCAAAGCCCGACAGACCACGAAAUAUUCUCCUUACAUUACAAACUGAGCGGCAGAGGGACAUUUUACUAUCGGCAGUAAAACGUUACAACAAAACUAACCGCCCCAAUCACUUAAACUCUACCUGCCUUGGGAUUGAAGGAGAAUCUCCUGCCAUAUAUGUAACUGAACAUCUCUCUUCUACUACCAAAAAGCUUUAUGCUGAAGCUAAGAAGUUUGCAAAAGAUAACUUAUACAAAUAUGUUUGGGUUAAAUAUGAACGCAUGUGCAUGCGGAAAAAUGACAACGAAUCAGUAUUAUUGAUUAGAGACUUAAGUAACUUUGAGAAACUUGAAGUAAAGUGA